ACUAUACAAUCGUUUAGAGGUUGUGUGAAGUGACUCAUGUGUAUGCACAUGUAAAUUUAUCGAUUUAAAUUAAAAUUAAAGUUUUAUGUGAAAAAAACUCUAUAAUAAAUAAAAUUAAUUUACUCUGAGUUUACUUUUAAAGUGACAUAAUAAAAAUGUUAUGUUCCAAGGUUGGUUUGGUGCUCAGAAAUAUUAUAAGCGAUACAAUUCAUCGAGAAACUAAAUAUAUUGGAAUCUUAACAAAAUCAUUCUCGUCAUUAGGGGAAGUUAAAAAUGUAAAGCCUAAUCCUGAUAAAUUAUAUAAAAAAAUAGAAAUUGAACUUAGAGGAAAUGAUCCUGCCGUACUAAAGAGUUAUGGCCAGUUUACUGAAUUAACUGCAAACCAUUUAGAAAUUAAUAUGCUAAGAAAUACAACACCUAGAAAAGCUGUGCAUGAACGACUAACAGUGUUGAAAUCUGUACAUAUAUACAAAAAACAUCGUGUACAAUAUGAAAGCAGAACUUAUUAUAGAUUUAUGGAUUUUGCAAAACUAACAGGAUCUACUGCAGAUACUUUCUUAGAAUAUCUUCAACGAAAUUUACCAGAAGGUGUAGCAAUGAAAGUUACAAAGGUCGAAUUACAGAAAUUACCAGAAUCUAUACAGACACCACCGAAUACUGUUUAAUUUUACAUAAUUAUUGAAUAUCUGUUACCAUAGUACAUACAGUAAAUUAAAUGAAAUUUGCCUUAAAUAAUUUAUUCAUAAAUCAUAAACUAUUUUUUUCAUAGAGUUGUGUCUACAAAAUGUGUAUGAAAUAUUAUGUUUUUAUACUGACUUUUUUAAGCAUAAUCACCAUGUUGUAUUGUGUAUAACUAAUUAUUCUUAGCGAUUGUAUUAAUGCUACAUUUUGUUGAUAGAAAGAAAAAUGUCCUUUUCCAGCGAUGAUUUAAUGGUAAUAACAUUGUUUGAUAUUUCAGGUGCUUUGUUAGGUACAUUAUGCUGAAGUUCAGGUAGCUGAUAUUUCUUUUGAAAUAUUAGAGGUUUAUUUUUUUCUACUGCCUGAAUAUUUACAGUUUUAAGAGGUGUAUCUUUGAAAUUUGUAGAUAUAAAGUGUUGGCGAUCGUCAUCGUGUGAUUUAAUCCGUUUAUCCUUUCGUUGUAUUGUGGAAGUUUCAUUAAUAUCAUGUUUUCCUAUAUCAGAUGAAAUCGAUCGUGUUAUAUUUCUUUCAGACGAUAAAGAGUUCCUGCGAAUGAUUCUCCGUUUAAAAUAAAAAUCAAAGCAAUAAAAAUGAUUAUAUUUCGUAUACUUGUCAUUUGUAAUGAUUAGAUCAAUCAAAUUUUAAAAGAUUAAUUUAUACCGAAAAAUAUCGUUAGGGAUUCGAAUGUAUAAAAACAAAAGAAUGAUUUUAUUUGAAGAUUGUAAAGAGAUGUGUGUUCACGCCGGUACUGCACAAGUGCUGUCAGGCAACUGGAGAGUGUAUAAGCAAAAAGAUUAGAAGCCAUGAUCAAAGAGGAAAGAAAACUGGACAGGGUGGCAUAAGCCAGUUUAAGGCCACUUUCAACAUUCGUCGAGAUUUUAUUAUUCGAAUUAAUUGUAAGAACCCUUAAAAGUCUACGCGAGAUACACUCGACCUUAUAUCUCACAUACGCAUUAAAUGUAAUCGUCUUUCAUCUUUCGUCUUUCGUAAAUCCAUUUAUGGCUAUAAGUCGUAAAGGGAGAAAGAAAAAAAAAGUACAGAUUUUUUCGUCCUUAUAUUCUUUUUAAUUUCUAUGUAUCUGAGUAAACCGGUUUCGCGAACAUUAUCUACAUCGAAGGCCAAUACUGCUUUUAUAGUAAACCGGUUAUUUUCGAAGAGUAAUAAAAAAAAAAAAAAAA